AUGACCACAAAUCAUAUCGAACACCUGGACGAAGCACUCAUUCGACCCGGCCGUUCAGACAAGAAAGUUCAUUUCAAACUCGCCGAUAAGAGCGUUUCAACUCAACUCUUCCAUACGGUCUUCAAGCAAUUGCCGAACCAAAAGAAAUGCAACAAGGAGUACGAUGAUGAUACGAUCAAGGCGCUCGCUCGUGAUUUUGCCAGCAAGGUACCGGAGCAAACAUUCAGCCCGGCAGAGGUUCUUUCAUUUCUCUUAGAGCGCAAGAAAUCGCCUGUAGAUGCUGUUUCUUGCGUGGAGAAGUGGGUAGCUAAAGCAAGGUAUUGA